AUGUUGCGAAGACCAGCAACAACAAUCAAGUUGACCCCGGAAGACAUUCUAGAAUAUGAUGACAGCUUAGAGAAGCAAAAGGAAGAAUCUAAAGAAUCGCAAGAGAAAAGUAACCUGAUAUUGCAAGAGCAAGUGAAUGAUUCAAAUCAUGACUUUAAGGACACCAAAGGCAUGCUUGGAACAAUUUUACCUCAAGCAGUUGGUCAAACCAGAGAUGAUAGAAUAGGUGUAAAUCGGAAUACUUCUAACUAA